UCGUUUAUACGGUAAUCGGCAUUACGAGGGAUAAGGUUGAAAAACUUCGUUCAACUUUUACAAAACGAAAAUAUGAAAAUAUUUUUUGCAAGUGUAUUAACAACGUUUUUAGCAUUAAGCACCGCACUGGAAGACUAUUGUGAUCCGGAAUUAUGUAGAAAUACGGGAGGAAACAAACAUAUUGCAUGCAACAACAACGGCAACUUCCAUGAAAGAUGUUCUCCUGAUGCAAGAUUGGUAGAUUUGAACUUCUAUAUACCGUUAAUUUUAAACGAGCACAAUGAAAGACGAAACAAAGUGGCUGCCGGCAAUGUAACGGGUUAUGCGAGCGCUAAGCGUAUGUCCGUAAUGCAGUGGGACGAUGAAUUGGCUGAUGUGGCUACCUUCAAUGUGAAAAAAUGCGAUUGCGAAUAUGAUGGCUGUCGAAAUGUCAGGCGCUUCAAAUAUACCGGUCAAAAUAUUGUCAGUCAAGGUUACACCGGCAAGGAGAAUGCUUUCAGUAAUAAAGAAAUCAUUCAAGAUGCUAUCCAAAGUUGGUUUGAAGAAUAUAUCGGUGGUUCAAUGACUUACAUGAAUAACUAUCCAGAUGAUUUUGAUAUUUAUAAAGAAUUUUCACACUUUGCACUCAUGGUUACCGAAGCAAGUAAUUAUGUGGGAUGUGCCGCGUCACGCUACAAGGAGGAGCAAUACAAUACCGUUUUAUUAACAUGCAAUUAUGCUUCGGCUGCUCUGCAGAAUCGUCCAAUCUAUGUAGAGGGUCCAGCUGCGUCGGGUUGCAAAAGUGGCAAAAAUGACACAUAUCCGGCAUUAUGCUCCAUCGCUGAGGUAUAUGAAUAA